AAUGCGGGCGUGCCACGCCCUGACUGGUCCGUAAUCCGAACACAUCACAAGCCUGUGAACCUCAGUCCUUCCAGUCAAAACCAGAGUGGAUGCCCAAGAACAAAAGAUAAGGUUUCCGCCCGCCUCUUCCAUUCCAUAGUGAAUCAGAGUCUCCCUCUUCGGCGAAAUGGCGUCUCUGCAAAACUCUCCUCUAAUUCAUAGAACACUGUUUCUAUACUCUUUUCCUCAGGUAGGGUCCCAAAAGCACGGGCCGUUUCCUUGUAGCAGAAGGGGCGUUUCAUUUCUCGUCAGGGCCGUGAAUGUAUCAGUACCUUCAACUGCUAAUCGUCAAGGCCAUACAUUCCAGGAAGCUAUUAUCCUACAAUCUAACAUCAUAAACAUAGACGAACCUGGGAGACGCCAAAUUCUAACUUUUGGGGGCACUACCUCUUUAGUUUCUCUUCUUAACCAGGCAUUUACAUCAUUUGCUGUAGAAACUAAGAAGGGCUUUCUGCCAGCCUUGGACCAGAAGGAUGGAUACUCAUUUCUUUACCCAUUUGGGUGGCAGGAAAUAGUAAUCGAAGGGCAAGACAAGGUAUUUAAAGAUAUCAUUGAACCAUUAGAAAGUGUCAGUGUAAGCGUGAUCCCGACUAGCAGACAAGAUAUUCGAGAUGUUGGACCCCCACAAAAGGUUGCUGAAACUCUGAUAGAAAAGGUUUUGGUCCCUCCUUCGCAAAAGACUAAACUAAUUGAGGCGGCAGAGCAUGAUGUUGAUGGGAAAGCUUAUUACACAUUUGAGUUCGUCGCUCAAGCUCCAAACUAUACUCGCCAUGCUCUUGCAGCAAUCUCUAUUGGCAAUGGCAAAUUCUACAUUCUGACAACAGGAGCCAACGAAAGGAGGUGGGGGAAGAUGAAAGACAGAUUGUACACAGUCGUCGAUUCAUUCAAAAUUUUCAACGUUUGAUGCUGUUGCUCGGGUUUUAUCCGAGGCACCUGGGUUUCAAUUUUUCAAGCACCAUUUGUGUUUUCCUUAUUGAGUUGUGCGAUGUCUGUUGUGUUCAACCUUUCAUUUUCAAACUCCAGGAAAGCUGGUCCAUCUAAUCUGUCUAGGUAAAAGCAUUUUUCAUGGCGAACUAAAUUUUUAAAACUAAAUCAGCAUUUUGAAUUGAGAA